CAGUAGUAAACAAAUAUGGCAUCUACACUGAUUUCCCGCCAUUGGCUGUUACUAACCGCUUGUUGUGUCAGAGAAAUUGCGGAGCCCAGCUUUGGAGCUCAAAGUAAUGUUUACAUAUUAUAUUGUUGUGCGGAAGAGUGCCGGGUAGUCAGACAGAUGAUGAAAAUUUAGUUAACGUUACUACUCGUCGAAACUCAUAGCACCAGCAGCGCUUGAUGUUCAAAACGCAAUUGUUGACGCGUGCGAAAAACGACCAGCUGGUACUAGUGUAAUUAUGAUGCACUUGGAAGAUUUUUUCACUUAGAUCAUUGUUUAUUUCAUGCAGUGAGUGUGUGAUUCUUGAAAUUUUGUUUGAAAGUUCAUAUAAUUUCACAUCUAACGUAUUACGUGAUAGUAUACCUGUAACUGAACACUGAAGACGUUUGGACCCUUACCAAAGACUAAGUGGAAAAAAACAAUGGAUAAUAAAGUUUAGGCUUGCUGAACGCAAGCGUACGUAAAUGCAAAUUUAGUCCGAUGGCGACGUCGUUCUUGAUUCAAGGGGCCGAGGCUAAGGUGUACGAAGGUACCUUUUGUGGUCGGCCAGCGAUUUUUAAACAAAGAUUCGUUAAGACAUACCGCCUGCCCCAGCUGGACGAACAUCUUACCAAGGAGCGUAUGAAGAACGAAGCGCGAAGUUUACUUCGUUGCCGGCAAGCGGGAGUGAAAGUUCCAGCUCUCUACCACUGUAACCUUCAAAAAAGAAUCUUAGUCACUGAAAAACUGCUCGGACAAACUCUAAGAGAAUGCCUAAAGGACUUAGAGGUCGACUCAAAAUAUGAUGCGAUCGACAAAUUGCUUCAAAAGGUGGGUGAAAUCAUUGGGCUAAUGCACAAAAGUCACAUCGUGCAUGGAGAUUUGACCACUUCCAAUUUCAUCACAUUGCUUUUGCCGUCGACAACAGAAGAACCCAAUGUAGCGGUCAUCGAUUUAGGUCUUAGUGGAGUAUCAGAAAAGGUCGAAGAGAAGGCUGUCGAUCUUUACGUAUUGGAAAGGGCAUUCGCCAGUACACAUUCACUUCUUGAAGAUAGAUUUAAGGAAGUUUUAGUUGGAUACCGUCAUGCUAUGGGGAAUAAACCAGGAGGAGCAGUUUUAGUCAAACUCGAGGAGGUAAAGAUGCGUGGACGUAAAAGGACCAUGGAAGGCUGAACGAUAGUACAUAAGUGAGUCUAUAGGUUCAUAGUGUGAAAAGGUUUAUUUUCUAUUCAUUAAUGCCAUAUUAAUA